AUGACGAACGUAGUGAAGUGCAAUAAAUGUAACAUCGUCAUUGACGAGAUGUUGUCAUAUAUACAAAAUAAAAUAUCGAUCGCAGACGAGGAAACUCUAGUGCGUAUUUGUAAGUCGGCAUUUACAAGUGAGGAUAUUAAGAACUCCAAGACACUUUUGUUUGAGUCUAUCCCAACGGACAAAAGAAAAAUAUUACGAAAGAAUAAAGGGAAAGAAGAGCGUGACGUAGCAGAUAUUAUAAACUUAUUUAAAACUACGGAGCCCGACCUUAUCCCAGUUUUUGUGGCAAGACAGUUAGAUAAACUGCCACCAAUCUUAUGGAAUCAUUUGGACUGUUCUAAACUGUUAAAGGACAUGAUAACGAUGAAGACUGAAAUCGAAGGCAUAAAGUCGACUUAUGCUACGCUAGAGUGUGUAAAUGAACUAAAAACGGAAGUCUAUCAGCUAAAAACCAAUUACCCACCGCCGGCGUCAGCUUUCAAAAUGAACAUGAAACGAGGUGCGUGGCUAGACAGUGGACCAAUGGGACUCUCACAUGAUUAUGAUAUGUUGCCCAAUGAGAUAAGUACAAGAAACAUAAAUGAAUCAUUGAUCAUAAAAUCGCCUUCGACGCAAUCUGAAAAAUUGAGGGUAGACCGACAUAAGCAGACAGAAAAUAAACUAAACGACCGGCAACGUCUGUCGGUGGAACGGACUCAGGCAAGCGCACUUACAGGCUGCAGUGAGGGAGGAGUAAGGCCAAUAGUGAAUCAGGAGGCGAACACUCGAACCGGUCCGGCGGUGACGUUACACGCAUCGAGCACGAAUCUACAGCUAGCGGAGCAGCUGACCACUACUGAUAAGGCAGGCGAUAGAUGCGCGUUAGAAACGUGUGAACCGGAGCGCUCGCAAAAUAAUAACAGCGAAGACUGGCAAAAAGUGGUAUAUCGUAAAAAACAAAACAAAUAUCGUUAA